GCCCCGUGAGAUCUGAGACGUUCACUGAGCCCCGCUGACAGACUGUUUUUAAACUCUCUGUUGGAGAGGGAAACGCUAGUGAAGAUGCGCUGAAGCUGAGAAACCUGCCAGGAACCCAGACUUGUUGUCUGCAGGGGUACACAGCUGUGCUGUUUUCCCAAAUAUAAGGAGCAGCAGACCGACGGAACGGUCUAAACAAUUCUUCAGAAAUGAUUCACAUUGAAGCAAAGGAUUUUCAGCCCCCGCUUUACAGCCAAAUACAGUAUAUUUAUUUACUUUUUCUCUGUUUUCAUUUAUUGGCCUUCAUCAUACAAUGAGCACGCUCCAGCAGCUGGGAACAAUGUCUUUUAUGAUGAAAAAGAAGAAGUUCAAGUUUCAAGUGCAUUUCACAUUGGAGGAGCUUACAGCAGUGCCUUUCGUCAAUGGAGUGCUUUUCUGCAAGAUCCGGCUGAUAGAUGGUGGGGACUUUGCCAUCUUGUCGUCCAGGGAGGAAGUGCAGCAGAACUGUGUUCGCUGGAGGAAGAAGUUCUCUUUCGUGUGUAAAAUGAGUGCUAAUUCAAUCACUGGAGUAUUAGACCCCUGUAUCUGCAGGGUCUCUAUACGCAAGGAGCUCAAAGGAGGAAAGACCUUCUCAAAGCUAGGUUUUGCUGAUCUCAACAUUGCAGAGUUCGCUGGUUCGGGCUCAACAGUUCGCUGCUGCAUCCUGGAGGGUUAUGACACCAAAAACACUCGACAGGACAACUCAAUCCUCAAGGUAACAAUUGGGAUGACUCUUCUGUCUGGGGAUCCCUGCUUUAAAACGCCUGCCAGCACGGCCAAAUCUGUAUCCACUGGGGAUGAGGACCCCACUCUGCAGCUGGACUGUAAGGGUGAGAGUACUGAUUCCACAGUUCAGCCAAUAGGAGGCAUGGUGGAGGGUCCUCGUGCCUUCAAACCCAGACAGUCGUCAGUACGUAGCUCAGGGCUGCCUGAGGAGGGAGAGAGUGUGUUCAGCCCAGAUGAGGUCUUUCACACUGGUCAUUUUCGCAGCUCCAGCAUUGCCAGCCAGCAAAGCAAGAUAUCAGGCUACAGCACAGCUCACUCGCGCUGCUCCAGCCUGACGGACCUCAGUCACCAUAGGAAUGCCUCCUCCAGCAGCAGCGUCUCCUGUGGGAUUGGUCAACCCUCACAGCCCCCUCCCUCCACCCCCACCCAGCCACAUGGACAAGCAACUCCCACCAAACCAGAGAGACCUCCUCCACCCUCUGCAGCAGCCCUCAUGACCAACAGAUCCUCCAGGAGAAAGAAGGGCACCAUGGAGAGGCAGCACAGCUGUGUGGAUGACACCCGCAUAGAUGCAGAUGACAUUGUGGAGAAAAUUGUCCAGAGUCAGAACUUUUCUGACAGCAGCAACAAUGAAGACAGCAACUUGAGACUGUUUGUCAGCAAAGAUGGGACCACUGCCCUCAGUGGGACACAGCUAGCCAACAGAGGAGCGUCUGGGAUUUUUGAGCCAGUGGUCAUCGAGACUCACUGAGAGAUGCAUCAACACGUCUCCACCUUCAUCAACUGGGUCAUGUUUCUGGGACAGGGUCCCAGUGGGACCCCUGUGUGGCUCAGGAAGUAAAGCGGGUUGCCCGCUAAUCGGAAGAUCGAUUCCCUGGCUCCCCCAACCUGCAUGUCGGCAAGAUACUGAACCCCAAAUAGCUCCUGAUGGCGUUGACGUGUGUGAAUGUUAAUUUCUGUUCUGAUGAGCAGUUGGCACCUUACCCUGCCAUCAGUGAAUGAAUGUGUGUGAAUGAUUGAAUGGGACGCAGUGUAAAACGAUUGGUCAGAAGACUAAAAAGGCACUAUACAAGUACAGACCAUUUACCAGUGUGUAUGUGUAUAUAUGUACAGAUUUGCCUUGAAAUAAGACUAAUAUGAUAUAGAUAUUUAUCCUUUCUAGUUUAUUUAAUUAGGUGUGUAACACACAAUUACCAUAUUUUCUUAAAUAGUGGACGGGCCUCUUGUUCCCUCUCGCUCGCUUGUUCCUCCCUGCCUGAACCCUUGAGAGUCUUUGCCAUCCCCAGAGUCCUGGUCAGAACCAUUGUAAAUCACCUCGGUACUGUAUUCCCUGACGUCAUACUGACCUCCGCUGGUCUUGGAGGCUGUGUUCUGUCCCGGUCUGGCCAUGAUCACCGGGAGGCUGCUGAACUCGGUUCGGUUGCCUGCUUGCCCAGUUUUGGUGCCCAUUCUGGACUCAAUAGGACCACUAAGGUGGUAGUAGUCUCAAUUCUUACACAUUGUACUUUUAAUGUUAUUUUAAUUCAUGUGCGUAGAUUUUAGUUUGAGAGAACUACUAUUGUAUUAAGUGACUUAAUUUCCUCCUGAGACUUCUGUCAAAAGUAGAAACUCAGAGACAGACACGAUCCUUUCAAAGCAGCCAUUUGGUUUUAACCCCCCUUUUUCUGGGCUUUAGGUGCCGGGUUCUAUUUAAGAAGAAUCUUUUCCUUUUCAUUGGGUGUGUGUCAGAGCCGUUUCUGGUUCAGCAGGUUCAUGAAGUAAUUCAUCUUCUACAUUUGCAGAAUGAUUUGUAAAAAGUAGUCAGUAUCUUUGCUCACUGUCCUCACUGACUUGAAGUGGUAUUACUACACUUCCAGUAGACCCCUUAAACAGACUUGUCAAGCGCAAUAGAUCUUUUUCACAGAAGACAUUUUGACAGUUGACAGUAGGAACAUCACAGGUGUAAAUAAUAAAAUUAAUGAUGGCUAAAUUCCAUGUAGCUGCUUCAGUUGCAGGGUCCUUGUGUUCAUGCUGGACCACUGUCACACUGUUAUGACUUGAAUAUAACAGAGCCAUCAUUGAUGUUAUCAGUAGCACCUGUGUGUUUCCUACUAUGACUAGUCAAAAUGCCCGCUGGGAAAACACUCUAAAAUCAGACCUCCCUAUGGUUAAUGUUAUUAGCUGCAGCUAUUCUUUCCAUGAAACAAUACACAUUGCAUAUAACGUAUACAAUACUUAAUUUCAAAAUUAACUGGAAGCAUCUUUACAACUACUGGUGUAGAGUGUAUUACUUUAAAAGGAGAUACAUUGCUAGUGUGACAGUUUCCUGCAUUGCCUUAGAACUGAGGCAGGUCACUGACUCAGCAGUGUCCUAAGUUUCAAUAAAUCCCUGACUUCGUCUGUAACCCGAUUCACUGUACAGGGAUUCACUAUGUCCAUUACUGAAAAGGGACCAGUCUGAAACGCACCAAGUGAAACUUUGACCAGUGCUAACUGCACAGAUUACUUGAACGACUACUGCAUUGUGGGAAUUGUAGUGCAACACUGAAAUAAUGGUUCAUUCAGGAUGGCCUUCUCAACUCGUUUACUACCAGGAGGUAUUACCAACUAACAAAAUACAGGACAGCACAUACCAGCGGUAAAAUCAGACCAUGAAACCCAGUGUUUCACUAGAACACAUGGAACAGGAAUAUUAGUAUAUUCUUAUAACUUAUAUUUCUCAUCACAAGGCAUAAACACGUGUAAUCAUUAUCAUCAUUUUCAGGCUGCUAACGGGAACAAACAGAAGGGUUUACCGUAUGUCUGUGUCCAUCAGUUACAUCCCACAGAGGCUUUUCACUGGUCCAGUUCAUGUGAUGGAUGUACCACUGACUGAUGACCACACAAGUCAAAAAUGAUUUUAUCUUGGGAUCAUUUUCUGACUUUACGAGUUGACAAGGACUCACUGAAUGCAGCACGUGAGCUAUCAAAGGCUCUUACAGAGGCAGACGUCCUCCAGACAGACUGAGUCAAAAUCAGCCUGGUCCUGGAAUUGAAGCUUUUAUCCUUUUAAUAUAUUUUGAUGUUAUUUGCUCACUGAGUAUACAUACUUAUCCUACUAUUUUGCACAUGUGUACUCUCUGAGGAGGAUUGUUUGAAACCACUAAAAAGACACGGAGGUGGUACGGUUGUCUAAAAUGACGUAUAACAUGUUCUGUUUUUAGAUUUCUUUAUUUCUUUUAAUUUCGAUGCUAUUGUUAUUGGACAAAAUGUAUUUUAGUGAAUCUGUCAUAGCCUGUGUUCAUAUGGCUGGCCAUAUGUAACCUCCCAAUCUCUGCACUUGCGAUACUUAUGCUCUGGUAAACUAACUUGAUUUUAGCAGCACAACAAGCUGUAAACACAACAUUGACACACAUUAUGAGGGUGUUACGGCUAACAUGUUAACACUUUUACAGCAAACAGCCUAUUUACGCACCCAGCAGACAGAAAGCAACAUUAGCAUUUGUUGUGUUUAUGUUCACCUGAUGAAUUAAAGUCCAAUAUUCACUCUCCUUUUUACUCUGGUUUGGUCUCCUCCAAAUCCUGAGAAAAAUUAAGCAGCUAAAUUCUCCUCUAUGUUCACCUGCUAGUUGUUACAGUGGGAUUAUCAGAGCAGAUUUAGCUGAAAACUUCAGGUGCUGGAAAUGGGGUUGAGGAGAGCAUGGCCUGUGGACCGGAAAACCAAAACAAAGAGCUAGAAGAAGCUAAAAAGCUCUGUAGAGUUGUAUGUCUGUAGGUUUGUCACUACAAGUGACCAAUUUAACAUUACUCAAAGUCGUUUGAUCCGAUGUUAAUAUUUAAAAGCCAUAAGUGCAGCUUUAAGGUACAAUAUUUCAAUUUCAUUGAUUGUAUUUUACUGUUGAUUCACUUGAGAAUCACAGCUUGCGAUAUUUUAAGUCAAUAAGUCAACUUAAUUUAGCCAACUAUCACUGAGAGAGGUUCAGAUUAAUGGACCCAAGAAGAAUACUGGGUUCUUAUUUGCUGCUGCCCUGCCUACAUUCUGGAAUCACACAGCACACUAUUUACCAAAAGAGACUAACUCGAGGCAGAACUCAUUGCACUUUGUACUUUUAGGCGGAUUUUAUUUUGUGAGGGUGUCACAUUACACUACAGGACUGUUACUCAUAGUAGAUUACCAAGAAAUUCUUAUAUUCAAUAUCAUUGUCAAUUUGUGUCCCUGUCACUUUGUGUAUAGAGCUAACAGUGAUACUGUAGGCCUGGUGCUGUAGUGAGGUCAGCUCCACAGCUGCAGCAGUAUAAAGCCCCUGGUGUACCACGACUGACAAUAUACAAUAGACCUCACCCUCAAGGACUCACUUGUGCUUGUGUUUCUGUAGUAUGUGUAUGGUACUGUGUAUGUGAAUGUACCACAAUAUGCAUGCAGGCCAUGCAUGUUUGACUGAAAAUGUUCCUUUUUUUUUCUCUGUGUGAGGUCCAUCAAAUCCUGGUUAAAACUGGUUAAAUACUGCAUACAUACUGGGAUCAAUUGUAGGCAAACAGAGGGGAUACUGGGGAUAACUGCCGUUUAAUGGUUCACAUGGAGUUCCACUUCACACCAGAGUCUUGAUUGCCAUCCAUACUUCAGCACAAAAUCAGGAAUGUAUAUAUGCCUAUAAAAAUAUUUCCCAAUCCCCCAUGGUCAGUUCUUUAAACAAAUGUGAUAUUCUCUGUCUUUUUCAGUAGCAGUCAAUAUUUAUCAUUUCGUGGUUAUAAAAAUAGUUACAUCUACAGUAUCUAUGUACAUGUCCUAUGUCCCUGUAAAUAUAGAAUGUGAGGAGUUCCACUCAGACAACCAUGGUUGCACAUGUAACCCUCCAAUAUAUUUUCUUUUUACUUUCAGACCAGCAGGCUGGUUUACAGAUUUGCACGGAAUUAUACAUAAAGCUAAUAUUGUAUUGUGAGAUGGGACUGAAGGGAUCUUAUUAUUAUUUACAGUGAAUGGUGUGGGAAUAUACUUUCAGUAAAGGGAAAACUUGUGUUGGUGAAUUGGUGUAAUCUGCUACUGUGAUUUGUUUUAGAAAUACUUAUUCUUUCCUUUGUACUUUUGGACCAUGUGUAACCUGUGAAAUUAUUAAUCACAUUUAUAAAUUAAUGCUCUUUUUGAAAGUUGAAAGUUUUCUUUCUUUUGAUUCCUGAUACUGACUUUAUUUGCAUAGGAAGGUGAUUAUGGUGAAGAGAAUCUAAAAAAUAUUUUAACUUUUGUAAUUUACUAAAUUCCAGCUCAGCUUGGCCUUACUUUACUUUUAAAAUUCCAAAUACAAAUAUUUUCUUGUAUUAAAAUGCUGGGAAAUACAUGUAAAGAUCACAUGAAGAGUUUAGAUGGUCUGUCUGAUUAAUAAGUGUAUGUAAACAAUUGCAGUGUGGAGGAGCAGUGAAUUAUGUGAAAAAUGUGCAUACCAAAUAAAGGGUAAAGCCUGGAAUCUAAA